GGAAACACGGAAGUUCUUGCUUCCUCGGGUUCCCACAAUAAUAAUUAACUCCAUCUCGAAUCUUUUCGGUUUUAUUUGAUUUCAUUUACAUCAAGGAAUGUUAUGUCAUAGUCUUUAAAGUGAAAAUGCGUGACAGGUUUAGCAGUGUACUGUGGAAGAUUUCUAGUUUUGUGUCAGCUUUCGAGUUUACGAGUGGAGUCGUGUUUGUAGUCACACUAUCUUGUGUUCUGAGCACCCUUACAAAUCACUUGAACAUUUCGGGACAUGCACUAAGUCUGGAAUCCAGCGUUGUUCUCAACGGUCAUGUUCACAAACUUCUCACCUACUGCUUUUACCAUGAGGAUGUGGGACACCUCUUUCUCAGUGUGGCUGUACUGGUGGUGUUCUGCAGUGGAUUAGAGAAAGGAGUUGGCACAGUGCGGUUCCUACACCUUUUACUUUCUCUGGUCACUUCUAUUGGCCUAAUACAUGUCCUACUGGAGUUGUUCUUGUUUUCUCCAUCUACAAGGAGCUCAGUUUCAGGCCUAAUCCCAGUAUCUCUUGCCAUGCUGGGCAUGGUGACCAUCAAUUCCCGCAUGAGGAAGGCAUACUUGCUAGGUUUUACUGUGCCCACUGCAGCCAUUCCCUGGCUCCUGAUUCUCAUUGUUUGUCUCUUUAUCCCACAUACUGUAUUCUUAUGCAAUGUCCUGGCUGUAAUCACUGGGCAGCUGUAUGGCAUGAAAUGGUUUUCAGUGUUGCAGAUGUCAGAGUCCAAAGCUUGUUUGUUUGAGAAGAUGGUGCCAUUCAGAUUGCUGAAGAAAAUAACAUGUGUGCAUUUUGUCCCUGCAUCUGCAGGGGAACGAAAAAAGAUCCUGCACACUAUAUGCAGCCCAUCACCUGGUUCAUACCCUGUCCAGGCUUAUGCUCCAGCAUCUAUGUUUGCUUCGCAGGCUACAGGAAAUUCUCCAACCAGUGUAGAUGGUUGGUCACAUUCAACCAUUAUCCAACAGAACCACACAAUGCCUUCACUCAACCCUGUGGAUAAUGUUGGACCUAGAUUCGAAUCCAGCCAUGGACAUGCACAUGGACAUAGCCAUGAACACACUCAACAUCAGGCCAGCAAUUUUUGGAUGCCAAAAGUUCCUUAUACCCAUUCUCAUUUUAGCCCUCCUAUGAAUAUGGCUGUACAGUCUUUUGGUAACCCGUUACAUACAACAGUUCAAGCAGACUCUGUGGCAUCUGUCUCUGUGCUGUCCAGUUAGCAAUAUCCACCUGAAUGGAGCAGUCCAAAUCAAAUCAAGUUUAUUUGUAUAGCGCUUUUAACAAUAAACAUUGUCGCAAAGCUGCUUUACAGAAUUUGAACGACUUAAAACAUGAGCUAAUUUUAUCCCUAAUCUAUCCCCAAUGAGCAAGCCUGUGGCGACGGUGGCAAGGAAAAACUCCCUCAGACGACAUGAGGAAGAAACCUCGAGAGGAACCAGACUCAAAAGGGAACCCAUCCUCAUUUGGGCAACAACAGACAGCCUGACUAUAAUAUUAACAGUUUUAACAGGUAUAACCCUCAACUGUCCUCAUGGGGCCGUCCUUCAUAGGAGCGGUGCGAUAAAACUCCGACCAGACACAGGGCACCAGGAUGGAUCAAGCAGGUCCGAGGGGCAGAAGAGGCCAGCAUCUCAAUCCCAGGAUCAACAUGUAAC